UCAGUAGUGUUUUGAAUUCCGCCGAGGAAACACAAUGUAAAGUGAGUGCGUGACGCGAAUUUUUCCGCCGUCGUCCCACGAUCUCUCGCGAGGCGCUUAAGGAUUCUCGGGCGCGUGUGUGUGUGCGUGUGUGUACGUGUGAGGUGCCCUGCCGGGAACUAGUUGAAGAGGGAGUUGAACCCCUCCCAGCCUGGCAACCCCCCCACGGAAGGAACCUUCCUUGAAAGGGUUGACUUCCCUGGAAAAAAUCGUUGAAAUUCCCCACUAGAAAACAGGAAUUUCCCGGAAAAGUGUGUGAGUGUGUGUGCACACCCUGAGGGGUAGUGAAAAGGGAAGGGUUGUGCAGAGAUAGUGCAUUCGAGAACCCCCCCCCCCCCCUCACGUCCCGUGGGAGCAAUUUUUCGCCGGGAGUCACCGGGAUGGCCGGGAUUCCAACCGCGGAGUUUUCCGGAGCUUUUCCAAAAGUGGCAAACGAAGAAUUUCCACCCAACUGAGAUUGUGUACGAGUCCGGAAACAAAAAUUCCACCUGACAGUGAGUGUGAGUUUGUGUGUGCGUGCAUUUUAAAAUUUACGACCCCACGUGGGGCGGUGCGCGCGGUAAAUCCACGUGAAAACCGUGUCCAAAGUGCUCAACAAAAAAAAAAUCGCAGAAAAAAGAAGUGGUUGAAAAGUGUCAUUUAUCAUAAUCCUAGAGAUUAAACAAACAACAACCCCCGCUCGAAAGCUGUUAAUGUGUGUACGUGUGUGCAGAGCACACACUCACUUAAUGAAUGAGCACGUUGGAUUACAGGCCGACUUACAUAAUACUCCCACGCGCGAAUAACCCGGGUGCUUGCCGUGGUGGUAAUUGGAUAAAACGAGUGCUGUUUAACGAUUUGAACAGCUAGGGUCGCCGUCCAGGUGUCCCGGUGGGUAAGCCCGGUAAUCGCGUCCAGUGAGUGAAUAAUUCAUUAGCCAGAUAUCCCCCAACCAACCCCCCUGCAUCACAACACGACAGCGAAAAAAAAGAAAGGAAAAUUUGUGUUCACCAAUGUGGAAAAUUACAACCGUGACGCGUGGUGCGUGAGUGCGACUGGGAAUUGUAACGUGUUGUGUCCGACUUUUAGUUCCCCCCCGCCUCCCCAAAAGCCGAUGGUGAUGAGUUGUAACUAGAUACGAGAGUUUCCGGUUUUGGCGGAGGAUUGGACGGAAGUCGGGGCAGGAUUUGCAGACCAGCCCAGUGCGUCCAGAGUGAAACCACCCCGUCAUCGGUUGAAACCAGCUGCUCCGAUUUCCCACGUGGUGUGAAAGGUGCGAAAAUAUAAACAGAAAAAAACUGUGUGCUCGUGUGUGUGCCCCUCCGUGCAGGUUUUAAUGAGACCAAGGGGAGGCGCCCCCAAACCCCGGACUGGUGGCAUGCGUACUCAUAUUUCAAACCCGUGGCCACGACGCCAACCACGGCGGGCCCAAAAUUGAAUCCUGACACGGAACACCGACCCCCUGGACUCGAUGGGGGGAGUGGAAUUAAUUCCAACUUGGUUUUGGGAAACUAUUUGCUCAAAGAAUAACUAACCAGUUCAACGGCACGGAAAACCAAGUGAAAGUUCUUGGUGGGGAGGAGUUUAAGGUCACCACGCACCACAAACACUUCCAGCGAGGCCUGAAAGUGACGCACGUCAGCCAUUUAAUUACCCUCCAAGAUUCGGAAAAUUCUUCCCACGCCCCUCCCCUAGGAAAAAUUAAUCGGACCAGGAUCUUGGCCGACGAUCGACCGUGGUGGGGCAAUAAACAUAAAAAGUAAACAUUAUUAUCACGACCUACCGCCAUCAUCGACAUCGUCCAGUGUUUGUGCGCGAAUGUGUGUGAGUUAACCGGGGUCAAUUGGAAUAAUAUUUGCCAUUUUCCCCCUGGAGAGUGUGGGGUUGAAAAUUUUGCGCCGGAAAAGUGAUACACUGAAAAUUUUAAAACGAAAACGAACGAAAAAAAACUGCUCAAAUUUACGCUCAACAGUGCAUGGAAGCAUUAAAUCAGCAUUAAAGGGCAAUGUUUGUACACCGUGCUGAUUGGUUCAAUGUGCGUGUGGGUGAUGUUUGCAGAGAGGAAUAAAAAAAUAAGUUGAAAAGCAGCCAGCAAAAAUAAAUAAGUAAAGUGUUUAAUUAUUUCGUGCCCCCCCGCGAGUGCGCGUCAAUCAAUAUUUAGUGAAUCGGCAGAAGAAAAAAAGAGGCAGAGAAAGCAACAAAGAAGAAGCGUUUAAAUUUGUGAAAUAAAAAUAAAUAAAUAAAUAUCUGCCAGCGUAACAGGGAGGAAAAUAAAUAAAUAAAUAAUUAUCAGAAAAAAAUAUAGGCUAGCAAAUGGUGUUGACGCAGCAGCUCAAAGCUCGUAGCAUGGCGGUGACAGCUGGUGGCCGUGGCUGCCAGAUGAUGAUGGCAGCACUGGUACUGGUACUGCUGCUGAUGCUGGGACCUGGAGUGCACGGCGAGGCGUUUAAAUCAGAUGUGCCCGUGCACGUGGAACGGGUCCUGGUGAACGAUACCGCCCAGAUCAAGUGUGACGUGUCGUCGAACCUGCCCAACGACCGGAUACUGCUGGUCGUUUGGUACAAGGAUAACGUGCCGAUUUACAGCUACGACACACGGGUGAAAAGCAGCGAGCUUCCGUCCCACUGGAAGGACGUUUCCAUCCUGGAAAACCGUGCCAACUUCAAGCCACUGCGGGACAAGAGCCGGGCAGAGCUGGUCAUCGUGCCAGUUCUGAAAAAGGACGCCGGCGUGUUCCGCUGUCGAGUAGAUUUUUUACUUUCACCUACAAAAAAUAGCAACGUAAACUUAGAAAUAGUGGUGCCUCCGGAGGUGCCAAAAAUCCAGGACUCCACCGGGUUUGAGCUUCCGGCGCACGCCGGUCCCUACGAGGAAGGUGGCAACCUGGAGCUGACCUGCGUCGUUACCGGGGGCAUUCCGACGCCGAAAAUCACCUGGUCCAGCAACGGCAAGGUGCUCCCCAGCACCAUGAUGGAGUACUCCCACGAGGCCACGCUUAGCAGCAAGCUGGUCGUGCGGAACCUGUCCCGGGACCACCAGCACAGCGUGUACUCCUGCCAGGCCAGCAAUUACUACAAGCGGAACGUGACCGCCAACGUCACGAUCGAGCUGAGGCUGCGUCCCCUGGUGGUCGAGAUCGUCAACGGCAGCACGCCGCUGUCCUCGGACCGGCGGUACAUCGUCCAGUGCGAGUCGAGCGGGUCCCGGCCACCGGCCAAGAUCACCUGGUGGAAAGACGGCACGCAGCUGAUUGGCUCCAAUCAAACGACUUCCGAGGACGGCAACAGCACCACGUCCUCGCUGGCCAUCACGCCGACCCGGGACGACCACGGCAAAACGCUCACCUGCCGGGCCACCAACGAGCUGGUCAAGCGCGGCACCAAGGAGACCGCCAUCAAGCUGAACGUGUUCUAUCUGCCCACGCUGAAGCUCGAGCUCGGCACGAAUAUGAACCCGGAAGACAUCGAGGAAGGAGAUGACGUGUACUUUGAAUGUAAAGUGAAUGCAAAUCCUUCUGCAUACAAAGUGGUGUGGAAGCAUAAUGACCAAGUCGUCCAGCACAACUCCAAGACGGGCGUGAUAAUGAGCAGCACGGCGCUGGCACUGCAGGCCGUCACGCGGCACCAGGCCGGCAACUACACCUGCAUUGCGUCCAACGUGGAGGGUGACGGCGCGAGCAACACCGUGGACCUGAAAGUGAUGUACAAACCCAUCUGCCGGCCGGACCAGAAGAAAAUCUACGGCGUGGCGCGGAACGAGGCCGCCGAGAUUCUGUGCCAGGUGGACGCGUACCCGCCGCCGGAGUCCUUCAAGUGGUCCUUCAACAACACGGCCGAAACGAUCGACAUGCCCCAGAGCGGCUACCGGGUGCACGCCGAGCAGGCCUCCUCGCUGACGUACACGCCGGUUAAGGAGCUGGACUACGGUACCAUCAUGUGCUGGGCGGACAACGCCGUCGGGCAGCAGCGGGAACCGUGCGUGUUUCACCUGAUCGCGGCUGGCAAACCGGAAAUGCCCUACAACUGCUCGCUGACCAACCAGACGUCCAACUCGCUGGAGGUGGACUGCGCGGAGGGUUUCGACGGCGGUCAGCGCCAGUGGUUCGUGAUGGAAAUCUACGACCAGCAAACCCACGCCAUCAUGGCGAACGCGACCUCCCGGAUACCGAUCUUCAACGUGGGCGGGCUCGACUCGGGCCGGUUGCUGAAAAUUGUCAUCUACGCGACCAACAUGCGGGGCCGCAGCGAGGCGAUCCUGAUGAACGCGUACACGCUCAAACCGGCGGAAAAGCAGACAGGUCCCCACGGCGAGUUCGAGCUGUCGCCGAUCCUGUCGAUCGGGAUCUUCAUCGCCAUCCUGACGGUGAUAAUCUGCAUCAUCAUCGCCGUCGCGGCCGCGUUCAAGCUGCGGGCCAGCCAGACGACGGCCACCAAGGCGGGCCACCACCACGGUGCGAACGGGGGCGGCGGCGGCGUCCUCGGCAAGCGGCCCGGUAAUCUGCCAAUUAAGGAGAAAAUCUCGUUACCGCUGAGCCAGUCGGAGGACAUGUACGACGAGAAAAACCCGGACGUGGUGCCCACGAACGAAGAUCCCGACUACAAAUUGAUAUCGGCAAAUCAAACCCCAACGGCGCUGCAUAAUUCACUAUGCAACAGCAAACACGACAUUAUUGGAAGGACGAUACUGGACGAUAGCCGGAAAACGUACCUCACCGGGUCGUCUAACGAAGUCCACUACGCCGAAUUAGCCCUGGCAAUACCUCACGAUGACAAUAGCAAUAAAAAUCACCUAAAUCAUCUGAAAAAGCUGCCGCCCCCUCCGGCGUACAACUACUUCGACGAGCCGACGAUCUACGCCCAGAUAGACCACGGUGGCAGCACCAACUUCAAAACGUCCGCCGCCACCUCCCCGUACCCGCUGAUAUCGCCCGUGACGCAGCCGGUGGCCAUUCCGCCGGUCCUAAAUCAGUCACAAUUAACGUUACAGCUGCAGCAGCAGCAGGAUCAUCAGAGUCAACAGCAGCAGCACACGCCAACAACGCUGCUGCAAAAUCAUCAACAACAUACGCCGACAUCGCUGCAACACCCACAGCAGCAGCCUAAUAAUAAUAAACAAUACCUGCGCGAAAUUGUGACAGUACGGACGCCGCUGGCGUUUUCGCAGCAGGAGAGCUGUGUUUAAUUAAAAUUUACUUCCAACACACCACGGCCAGGUUCGCCGUCGUCGGAGAGAAAAAGCCAUAAACUGACAGCGGAACGGAGCGACCGUCACUGCGGCCACCACGUGGUGUGUAGUGCGCACGGUAUGGAGUUAGGCGACGGUAUGGUUUUGGGUUUUGCUUGCAUUUGGGUGAAUUACGCCUGGAGCGUCGUAUAGGUGCACAGAGUAGGUGCUGCACUGUGGACACACACGCCAGUUGAUGGGCAACGUUGCUGUGUGCGUUUGGGGCUGGUCAGUUUGGGGUGAUGACAGGGUUGUUGAUGUGUGUUUUGUGUGUGAACCGUGGGUCCUAAUGUACCCAUUUCUGGCCACUUUUUUCAUUUCAAUGCAAAAUAAAAUACAAGACGACAUUUUACGUUGGAUUUUACUAUUGUUCCCUCGGAACUAACUAUUAACACAUAAAAAACUGCUCAAAAACGAUUUUGGCUAGGGUCCGGAAGAUUGUAAAAAACGUGGUUUUUGUAAGAAAACCCGUAUUCUUGUACAUUUUUUGAACGGUAUUGCGACUUUCAGAAUUAAUUAUCAUUCUGCUGCGAUUGUAUCCCGCACUUGCGGAAAUCGCAGAGGUCCCUUAGUAGGCUCAAUUGUUGGCAUGCCCGAUCAACAUGCAAAAAAAAAUGAAUUAGGGGAAAUAUACCCUUUCUAAUCAAACACCUAUCUUCGUCAUAUGAAGAGUUUGAUGCUUGAUUAAAGCUCCAAAAAUACUAUUUAGGCUAAAAACUUACCAGCAACAGCACCGCCUCAAGUAAACACGCAAAUUUAUGCCAUUUACUGGCCAAAAAGAUCAAAUUUAAUGCACUUUUGAUCAUAAUUUCUAUUUUGCGAGACCAUUUCUCAUCAUUUUGGUGGCAUACACAUCCACACGCAAGAUGAGAGGCUAACUGCUUAACGAAAGUCGCCAUCAAUAUCUUUUUACUUGCGCUAACGAUUUCAAAGCGCUUAAGAUAUAAAAUUGCUUCCAACUACCGGCCACAUGUUCUUUUGCACAUCAGUUAGUCACUCACUUGAAAAAUAAUUCCGAAACAUGUAAAUAAUUAGCAAGCGCCAUUAAAAAAACAAACGCGCCAAGUCUUUUGACGUUUGAAUUUUGACGACCAAUUUCAAUCGAAGGCUGAAGAAAACCGAGCGAGAAGCGAAGGCAAAUAUAGAACAAAGGGUGGCCACCAACACCACCAGCAGCGCCUGUUGGAGUGAGCCAGUGAUGCCAGGAAAUUGUCUCUAUAAAUGCUAUUUUUCGUGUGUUUUCGUUUAAAAUUUCAUCAAAAGAGCGCUGGAAGAAAAAAAGAACUAAGCUGAAAAUAGGAAAAUGGGCGUGGCCCAAUGCACUCGACUGAUUAGAAUGCAUAUGGGAAAUUUUUUUUUAAUGCUUGUAAAAGGAAUAGCAUAACUUUUAAUAGAAGUGAAAAUAAACAGAAAUGUUCACAAAAAGUUGCUGUACUCGUUGGUGUACUUGGUUUUAGUAAAUUUCAAGCAACACUCCAGAUUAUCCAGCAUCAUUUAAACACGACCGCUUAUUAGGCUUAAAUUGGGUAUAUUUCCCCAAAGCAAAGCAUGCUCGGAAUGCCAUGCUGGUAUCCUGAAGUGACACGAGGUCGUCAAAUGCAUUGCGCUAAUCGAAGUGCCCUUUAUAGUCGCCAUUAACCUACAGUUCAGAACAUACCGCCGCACUUUACGCAGCAACCAGACUGACGCUCUCUAGAACCGCAGAAUGUUAAGUUGCCAAGCAUAAUAUUUGAAAGACCAAUGAACCCAAAAGGUUAAAGAUCUCAAACCCCUAUCAAAAGUUAUGAGUUCUUAAGUGAUAUUUUAGUAAUUUUGCAGGUCGGAUCUCAGAUUUUUUCCUUGAAAAUGAAGUUCGGAUCCAUCACGCGCCAUUAGUUUGAUAAUUGAAAGUCAUGAGCAGUUAAGUGCUUUUUGUACACUUUUUGGAGGUCGGAUCUCAAAUACAUUGAGGAAAAUGUCCGAAUCAAUCUUGCGACUCAUCGUUGGAUGCGUAAUCAUAAGACCUAUGCGUCCAAAAAAAAGAAGAUCUGAUAACCCUAACGAAAGUUAUUACCACUUAAGUGUUAAUUAUAAUUAUUCAGCUAUUCCAUUUGAAAAGAGCCUAAAUCGAAAAAAAAAGUUCUUCGAUCGGGUUGAAAAUUUCUGGGAGUUCCUUGGCCAAAAUAAUUUGACCCGUAUUUUUUUGUUUGGCCAUUAGGGUGACCUACAUCGUAAUAGGGUGGUUCGAAAAAUGGCAAUUUUUCGUCAUUUUUCGCAAAAACCACUUUCUUCAAAAAAUCAUAUCUCCGCGUCAUUUCAUCCAAUUCUAGCUAUCUAGAUCUAGAUCGCAAAAGAAAGGUGAUUAGUUUGGCUAUUAGAGAAAAAUAGUAAGAAGUUUCAAAAAUCUAGCUUAACAUUUGAAAAAGUCGUAUGAAAACUUAAAAUGGCGUUUUGACCGGGUCUGGACCAAAGAGCCUAUGUAUGAAAAUAUUUUUAUCGGAUUCCUCGGAAAAUUUCACAUAACAUAUCAAAAAUUGGCGAUGUCAAACCGUACGUUUCCGAGACAUGAUUUUUUGAAAAUAAGACCUGAGUUUUGCGACGCGCCACGCGCAAAAACAGGAAAAUUACGAAAACAAGAAAAAAAACUACUUUUUUCACUAAAACUCCGAUAACUUUAAAAUUUCAGCGAUCACUUAUACUUGUUUGAGUAUACAAAUUUUCGUAAUGGAAAGACGCAACUUUUGGUACCCAAACAUGUAUAGGUCAAUUUUGAAGUUAUCCCAGUUUUAGUGAAAAAGGUUAAUUUUUUGCCAAUUUCGACAUUUUCCAGUUUUUGCGCGUGGCGCGUCGAAAAACCCAGUUUUUAUGUUCAAAAAAUCAUAUUUUCGAAUCCUGUUAAUGAAUAAUCGCAAUUUUUUGAUACGUUAUGUGAAAUAAUACAAGAAAUCAAGGAAAAAUAGUGUCAGAUAUGAGCUUUUUGGUUCCGAGACCUUCAAAUCAGCAAAUUAAAUUUUCAGAGGGGAGCAACCAUAAACCACGUAGACAUCUUGGGGGGGGGGGGGUGGCGAUUGUCCACGCUCCAUACAAAAAAGAUUUUAUUUGUAUGGAAAGUGUCCACGUGGUUUGUGGAUGGUCCCUAGGACCUUUUCAAAUAUUCAGCUAGUUUUUUCGGACCUCAGCAUAUUUUUCCUUAAAACCUCAACUAAUGUUUUUGUUUAAUUUGUCGCACAAUGAUUUUUUGAAAAAUGUGGCUUUUGCGAAAAUCAACGAAAAACGCAAUUAUUUGGACCACCCUAUUUCGAGUAGGAGCACCCUAAUCGCCAAACAAAACAAAAUGCUGGUCGAAAUUCCUAAUGAAAGGGGAUGGAAAUAAAGAAAGCUUUAGCCUAGAACGCAGUUUUUUUGUUCAUCGUUUGUAUCCAGGUUUUUAAGCGAAGAUGGCGUUCGAAUGGGGAACGUUCGAAAUGUCAAAAUCGCGAAGUAGCACCAACAUUCAAAACAAAAAUGUGGCGGUCAUGCUAUGGCACACUUUUUUCGCAAUGUUGGUACCACUGCGUGAUUUUGACAUUUCGGACGUUCACCAUUCGAACGCCAUUUUCGCUUAAAAAUCUGGAUAAUUAAACUUGGAAUAUCACAUUUAUCAGGUAUUUUAAAUUUCCCUGGAUCCCAGGAAUGCUUAAGAUUUUCAAAAAGAAAAUCACGUUUCCCGGGAAAAUUGGACACCCUAGACGUAGUGAUUCAGACCACCCUAGUAAGCACAAACAACAGACGUCGCAGGAAGGAUUAAAUAAUUUCAAAAUCAACUUUGUUUUAUUUUAUUUUAACUAUAACAAUGUCAGAAAUAUUUACUUUGUACUAAAUAUUUAUCAAAACUCGAUUUUCUCAACGAAAAAUCACCAUAAUUUUUUAUGACAGUGAAAUUAUAUCAAAGUGCACGGAAAAAAAUAAAUUCGCAAAAAUGUGAACAAACGAAAAUGGUAACCGUUCUAUUACAUGAUUCGAUUUCAAUUUAAAAAAAAAUCGUAUAAUUUGACGGAUGUGAUCACCAUCACCUGUUUAAGUUGUAGUGAACUUGGCCGUGAGUUUUCCAAUAUUAUUGUUCAGGCUAGAGUGCAGCACGGAAGAAAUGACUUCGUGAAACUUUGUCGUAAGGUUAUUUUUGGCAUUUUUGACCAAAUUACCCAAAUAACCAAAAGUCAAGAUGUGCCUGGCAGUUGUUCGAAUUAAUGAGUGUGGAUUCGUUAAUUCGAAUGCAUUUGCAUUUGAGGUGGCAAGUACCCUCCGUUAUUUUUAAAACAUGCACUCAGCUCUGUUUGGUAAAUUUCCAAUUAACUCAAAUUGAAUUACACAAAAAAAACACUUCAAAUAGCUCGUCAAUUAUUUCCCAUGCCGCCAUACUUGAUUUAAGGCAAAUUACACCUUUUUCAAUAGUGGCAAUCAAACAACCCCAUUUUUCGAUCGUGGUUCUCAGCUUCCACAAAACCAAUAAAUGUUAUUAAGCUGGUUACCUGGAUUACCCGCUCUGCGUGGGCCAGCCACUGGCGGGUUCCCGCUGAGGGAUGGCGAGAGUGCGUUGGAUUAUUUCAAAUUAACGAGCCCAAUAACGUUCGCAACAUGUUAACUUUUUUACCCUCCCACACACGCGCACACAUUGAAUAAAACCCGGGGGUUUUAUGUUGCGACAAGAAUAAUGUUGUUUCAAUCGUCCCGAGGGGAGAAAAAAAAUCAAACACUGAACAAAAAAUUUAAAUUUAUUUUGCUGUAGAAAUAUAUUUUUUACUCUCGAACUUGGUUUUACAAAAUUAACUUUCCUAUAGUUUAAAUUUAAAGAAGCAUUUUUUGACAAGACUAUUUUCACUGUAUCGAGUCACGCCGGUUAGUCAAGCUACUAAGCAGGAAGUAGUAGCUCAGGAUAUACAACAAAAACAACAGCAGCGAAAAAAAAAACGCACCAGUUGGCAACAAAAGUUCAAUACGACACGCUGACAUUGAUUGACAAGUGGGAUUGUUUUGCCGCAGUAGCAAUCACCACUUUUAGGGGGGGAGGGGAUAAAGGAAGGAGCAAAGUUGGGACCGUUUAGUGAAUUUCCCCUCACUGUGCAGUAAAAUAUGUUUGAAAAAGAACAAGCCAGAAACAAAAACAGUCUGGACUGGGAACGGCUGUGAAUGAUGGGUCCUUUUGUAACAUUUUUUUUAUUUAAAACUCAGUUAUAAAAAAUGUCUGCAAUUUUAAAUAGUAAAACUACCAUGACUUAAAAUAAAAUAGAAUUUGCUAAAUUGACCAAAAACUUAAGUCGCACUGCACUUUUUGACGUUUCGAGAAAAACGCGUUUUUAUGGUUGACUCUGAAUGAACAAAAACGAGAGCACGCAAUGAAAACAAUAACAAACACUUUUUGUUUGGCUGACCAUUCUGUGCAUUGUCCCGAAGUUCGGUUGAAGUUGGUUGCUGGAUUCCCGAGUUCUAAUUACAAAUGUUUACGGUAGUCGGGCAGGUACGUGUGUCAAACGCGUUCCUACCUGAAAUCCCUUUGGCCAGUUGUCGCACUUACAUCCAUUGUCAGGGUGUGUCAAGAUAGCACGACAAGAUUAAAACUUCUUUCAUACGAAGUGUGAAAAAAAUGCACGGAGUUUUUUCGGUUUUUAUUGAAUAUCUCAGGAUUGAAAUCGAACUUUGGGGAUCUGAGAAGGUCAAAAAGUGAGGCAUUAAGGGUUGCACAAAAUGGCACUCUUAACUCAAUUUGGCCCAAAAUGCACAUGCGAUAAAUUAGCACGACAGCGAGGACUCGUUAGUUAUUAAUUUAAUAAUAGAAUUUUUUAUUUAAUUUACGAUGUUAUUAAAAAAAAUCCUCAAGAAAUUAAACUUCAAUAGUUCAAACUAACACCACUGACGAACUGACGUGCCACCCCAUACAUAUUUUUGAGAAAAUUCUGACCGCAAAUUCUCCAGCGAGCAUCAACUCCAUCUACCUUCAGGUUCGCUGAACUAAUCUCUCUCCCACACGUGUUUUUGAUAUUGUGACUAUGCUUCAAUUUGUAAUCUGCGUCGUUUCAAAAAAGUAGGGGAAAUCUACCCAUUUUAAUCCUAAUAAGCGGUCGUGUUUGAAUGAUGCUAGAUAAUCUAGAGUCUCCCUUGAAUUUUACUAAAACCAAGUACACCAACGAGUAGAGCAAGUUUUUGUGAACAUUUCUGUUUAUUUUCACUUUCACUAAAAGUUAUUCUAUUUCUUUACCAAGCAUUUAACAAAAAAAAAAUCCCAAGGGUAUUCUAAUCGAGGCGAGUGCAUUGGGCCACGCCCAUUUUUCUAAUAUCGGCUUAGUUCUUUUUUCUUCCAACACUCUGUCGAGUGUUGCCAUUUGCGCCUGCAGUUCAAACGAACACUCACGAAAAGUGGCAUUUAUAGGGAAAGUUUCCUGGCAUCGCUGGCUGUGCUGCUGGUGGUGUUGACGGCCACCCUUUGUUCUUUUUUGCCUUCGUCUCUCGCUCGGUUUUCUUCUGCCUUCGAUUUUAAUGCAAAGUGAAAAUUGAAACGUCAAACGACUUGGCGCGUUUGUUUUUUUGAUGGCGCUUGCUAAUUUAUUACAUUUUUCGGGAUUAUUCUUCAAGUGAGUGCCUUACUAAUGAUCAAAAGAACAUGUUGCCGGUAGUUGGAAGCAAUUUCAUAUCUUAAGCGCCGUGAAAAAGUAAGCGAAAGUGAAAAGUUAAUUUUGGCGAUAUUCAUUAAGCGUUUGAGGGAUUCUCGUGUGUGUCACUGUGUGUGCCAACAAAAUGAUGAGAAGUGGUCUCGCAAAAUACAAAUUAUGAUCAAAAGUGUAUUAAAUGUGCUCUUUUUGGCCAGUAAGUGGCAUACAUUUGAGUGCUUACUCGAGGCGGUGCUGUUGCUGGUAAGUUUAUAGCCCAAAUAGUAUUUUUGGAGCUUUAAUCGAGCACCAAACUCUCCAUAUGACGAAGAUAGGUGUUUGAUUGGAAAGGGUAGAUUUCCCCUAUGCGCUCAGAACGAUUUUAGAGCGCGCUGUUCGUUUCGGCGAAAGCGUGUGUCAGUUUAUGCUGACUUCGGGCUUUCCAUUUCAUUAGGGCACAAAACUUUUGUAAACAAGAGUGUAUCCCUCUCACACCUUAUGCAAACUGUCAUUUGAGUGAAAGGGAUACACUAUUGUUUACAAAAUUUUUGUGCCCUUUUGAAAUGUUCGGCUCCACUUCAGCAAUACAUUGCAUGUAAACAUUGGCGCGAAGCGAGAAAAGAGAGCUAGUGAAGAGAGGGAAGAGAGAAAAAUCGGUUGACAAAUUGUUCGCUAGAAGCAAAAUGCCAAACAAGAAGAAGAUAAUUGCGGUCAAAAGUGGUUCGCUCGUGGCACGUCAGUUCGUCAGUGCUAACACUUUUACAUGUCAUUAAUCAUUUAAACUUAAAUGCGACUGGAUGUAAAUUUGCAACAAAAAAACAUACGUGAAAACAUGACUUUACCUGUGAUUGAAUCAAAUUUUACAUGAACCGAGUUUACAUGUGAUUCAUAAAUUUACACUUUUUUCUGUGUAGAAUGGUUGACUUCCUUGUCUUUAACAUCCAUCUUUAACUUAAAUUUAUUCAGUUUCUUUUUAGCAUUAGGUCAUCUGUGGUAAUCUAGACGCCAAAAAAGGUUUGGAUGAUUUAAAAAAAAUACGUCAGCUUAGUAAUUUUCUUAGACUUUUAUAAACGAUGAAUUUAAGUAUUUUUUAUUCCGUUACAACUUUGCAUAAAUGCUAUUUUUCUGUUUUGGAUAUUUAUACAUUCAGAAAUGUCCGUAAAAAACUGCUGAGUAAAUAUUUUCAAAAAAAAGAACGUUGAGAACGAAUUUUCUGAUCGAUUUGGUGUCUUCGGUAAAUAUGUUGGUAUACCAAUGCAAAAUUUGUGAAAAAAAAACAGUUCACUCUUAACAAAAUUACUACUCUGUUUGACCGAGUUUUGUUUUUUUUUUUUUGGGAAAUUUUCAUGGAUUAUACUGUUUUUAACUUAGAGUUCAACGAUUGUCCACGCUCCAUGCAAAAAAGAUUUGUUUUGUAUGGAAUUGAGAUUUAAAAAAAGUAUCCACGUGGUUUAUGGAAGGUCCUGAUGGUGAUUUUUCAUCAGUUUCUUGUGAUUUUUUAUCAGGUUCACAUUUAGAGUGGUAAUAUUCAACUAUUCAAAAUUCAACUUUUUUUCUGUGUAUUUUGAAAUUUUUAAACACAUCAGAAAUAUUCUGUUUUAUCGUUUUAUAACACAAAAAAACAAUGCAGUCCAGACUUGAUUAUCCGAAGGCCUCGAAAAAAUUACUUUUUUCAUUGUCUAAUUUCUGAUUGUCGAACUUAGGUAUGACCCCUAAACUACGCUAAAAUGAUUUAAAUUUUUUAAAUCCAAGAAGGCGGCCAAAAUGGCGGUGAUGAAAUAUUGAAAAAAAUUGCAUUUUAUUUUUUAAUAGGCAAUCAACAACUCAAAUUUGACUAAAAUGGGGUCGUAGAACUUAAAUUGUAUGGUAAAAACAAGAAAAUGAAAAAAAUACGAAAACACAUUUCUUUUGUUCGUGAUUCGAUUCCCAUACAAACCUUCGGAUAAUCGAACUUCGGAUAAUCGAAACUUCGGAUAAUCGAGGCUUCGGAUAAUCGAGUCUGGACUGUACAUAAAACUUCAUCAACUCUAACAUUUGAAAAGUCUUCAAACCGAUUACGAUCUGAUGACAAAGGGCAAUAAUUUUUAAAUCCGUUCCGAUUAAAUUUCACUUGCAAAAAAUGCUUACCCAAACUCUAUUCAGUCCAUUAAAUCAGAUUUGAGGAGCAGCAAAUCACGAAGCCACACGUACAUAAACACUGAACGCUUUCCUGUUCAAUUGAGGGGAACAAUUGAGCUGGGUGGUAUUUUUUUGAUCGAUUGAAAUUUAAUUGAAUUUCUACCUAACGCAUAUUAAAAAUUCAAUAAUUAAAUCCAUGGAAAAGGCAGGCUAUAGACAGAGCAAAAAAACAUAACAUCGACCCACACAGUUUUUUUAAUAAAUCCUCUGGUCUAUAACAAUGAACUACAGUUGGCAAGUUGCAAGCGACAUGAACAAGUGAGAAGGGCAUAACUUUUUCGUGAACGUAAUUUGUUUUCAAAUGCAAAGAUAUGCCCUUGUAAAUUGUUUGUGUAGAGUUGUGGGUUGGGGAAAAAUAAAACCUUGAUGAACAAAGCGACACAAAAACAAACAAACAAUUAAUUGGAUGGAAAUCAAAAUCGAAAAUAUUCUCACACGCACACAAACUCGUGUCAAGGAAAGCCAUUUUUGAAUUAACGCACACAACACUCGUCCAGAACUGUUUACAAUUACGCCAGGACGGCAAAGUUUCGCCCCGAUGCAAAGCAAAACCCGCGGCCAGAAGUCCCGAGUCCGAGUGACGACUGCUCCCUUCACUGGCAUUGUAUAAAACUUUUAGAUAAACACAAAAUAAAUUGCAAAAACAAAACACAAACACACAGGAGCAAAACAAUACAGAAUUGAUCGAACGAGUGCGCAACUAAACCGUAAGAGUAUUAUUAAGCGAGAAAACAAUAUUGAAAAAAGCAAACAAAAAACAGCAAAAUUAAAACAGAGAAAAGUUGUACCUAUUUGAAUUGAAGUGUCACAAAAAUGAAACAAAAAAAAACACUCUCACACACAGGACUGAAUACACGAAAAGUUACACAAUACAUGGCACGAAAGUGCUGAAAAAGUUGCAAAACGAAAAAAAAACAAUUGAACAAUACCAAACCGCGUUGUGUGAAGCCAGAGAGGUGAGCGCGGAACUCCCAAUUGAGCGUUUUCUAGUCUAGUAAGUUUAGAUAAAUUUUGUAAAUAUGUGAAAACAAACAGAGAACAACAAGCAGUAACAAAAACCAACACUGAAGCACACACACAAACUAACACAGUCCGGUUGCCAGGAAAAAAAAUCUGUAAAAAUAAACUGGCCACGAGCAGAGACAAACUCCAACAAAACAAAAAAAAACUGUGAAUUUCCAUAGCGUUUAAGGGCAACAACACAACUCUCAUUGGUACUAAGACUCUACUGUAAAAAAAAGAAGUAAUUAAAUAAUAACACACACUCACACAAACAAAACAAAAAAAAUCACACACGAAAAAAAGAAGCGAAAAUAAGCAAACAAAAAAAAAACUGUUUAUUACUGUAAUGAAAAAGAGAAUCUAUGAAACAUGUUUUCCUGUUUGUUUCCGUAAUUUAUAUUAAAUCAAUCAACGACACUCACACGCGAAACUUGUACAUACAAAACCGACGAAAACAUUGUGUAUUCACACAUGUAAGUGGCACACACUCAUACACAACUAUUUUAAGGGGUCGCAGGAUAGAAAAAAAAAAUAGGUAAAAGUGGAAGAUUUAAGGUAAUUUUUAUAUUAUAUUCCAGAGAGCAACGCGGGAAGAGGGUUUGAAGUGAACGAUGAAAGGUGGUGCCGUACGUUUUACAGGUUAUAAUUUUAUACAAAAUUUUAAUUUUCUACGAGCGAACAAGCAUUCCAGGUGAGAGAACGAUGAUGUUGAAUCAGUUAAAAAUCAGUUUCAAUAAAAAGAAUUUUCUAUAUUGAA